CUCUAUCUUUGUUUACUAAUGCCAGCGCGCGUUCAGUAUUAUUGUAUUUUUUAGUGGUGCACAUUGCACGCUCGUCGUCAUCGUCGCUCGACUUCCUCGUGUCGGCGCAUGCAGGAAGCUACACCUACGGAGAUCGCGAGAUGUCCGUCGCAAGAUGCGCCCGUCUGUUUCCCUCGUCAAAGAACGCGGCGUUGUUAUUGAGCCAGAGGAUAACGCAGCCACAUGGAGACCUUGGCACCGUCAGGCUGCUACCGGCGAUUUUCACGGCGUACCCGCCGACGCCCCGGGAUAUCCACACGUCGUCGGAGCUCCGCACGUCCGCGGUGGAAAACUCGGUUGUACGGCCGAAAAUGGGAUUCAUAGAGAGAAGUCUGAGAAAAGCCGGUAUUCUGGACAUCCACAAAUAUAGAAUGAUAUUAUUGGGCUAUAUGGUAUACGAACGUAUAAUGAAUCAAGUGGAUUACCCUUUCUUCUUCAAACAUUUUAACAUGCCAGAUACAUUUUUCUCUUGGUUUCUGGUGACGGAGCUUCACGUGUGGAUGAUAAUGGUUCGCUAUAUGGCAAACGAGAAUGAUGGAAAAAUUGUCAGGAAUAAUGCGGUAGCAGCAAUGUGGCAGGACUCGCAGGCCAGGAUACACAAACUUGGUCCAGUUAAGUCCAAAAUUAAAAAUGAACACCUACAGGAAAUAUCGUAUCAAUUCAAUGCUGCUAUAAUAGAUUACGACGAGGGCAUACAAUCGGACGACAAAGUAUUAGCGGGAGCAUUGUGGAGACGAUUCUUUCAGUCGGAAUGCAACAAUCCGGAACACGUUGAAACGCUUGUCAUUUACAUUAGGAAACAGAUAUGUCUGUUUGACAGUUUAUCAAAUAAUGAAAUCUUUUUAAGAGAACCUACUUUAAAAUUAAUAGACAUAAAAAGUUUGUGUAAGAAUCAACAAUCAUGAUUACAGUUAGCAGAUAAGAGUGAUAGAUAAUGAAAUAUUGUGUUCUUGUAAAUACAUAACGUUAUUAUGCAAGGAAUGUAAAAAAUAUAUAGUAAUAAAUGUAGAAUGUUA